CAACGACCAAAAAACCGCCUGCUUCCCGCCCGUAUCCACCGUAACCACACAAACACUACCCGCACGCGUGCUGCCCACCCGCCGAGUCAGAAAAGCCUCAGAGCAACAGCUGCCUCAAUCUACUCCUCGCCUACUCCCGUAACCACCUGCAUUUCGCACGCACUUAGUGUUCGUCCGCGCGAAACUUCUUUGGCCUCGAUAUCAUCGCUCUGCUCGCACGCCACACCCUCUCCAGCACCAUGACACCUACUUUUGCUUCAGCAGCGGCAGGAAACAAUGCCAGCACAUCACGGCCAGAGACGAGCGGAGACUGGGCUCGCCGCACCAACGGUGCGACGCAAACCUUCCGCCGCUCCUCUCACGCGACCACCCCGUCAGGUUCGACCACCCAAGCACAUUCACGGGACGUCAGUGGAACAACCCCUAAUCCCGGCCCCUACGUCCCGCCCUUUGCUCAAACCGGACGCAAUGGGGCCCCCGCUUACGCAAGAGAUGAGCUCUUGGAGUGUUGCAGGCAUGGGCUGGACAAUGGGGAAAUUCAGGGAAAGGAGGCGCUGCCCGACCUUUGCAUUGGCAGUUGGGUGAAGGAGUCUAACGGAUCGGUAGGACCUGUCUGGGGCCGGCGGGACGAUCAGAACAGUCAAUCCCAGGGUGGGCUGGAGCACUGUUGGAACAAGGAUGGCAGCUCCUUCCCACUCAGCUUAAACCCAAUGACCGAUGAGGAGAAAGAGGUCUUCGCAUCAUCGGUCAAUUCGCCCAUCAAGCCUCUUGCACAAAGUACGAACAAGGACGGAACGCCAAAAGAAGGCCUAUCUCUGCGUAAGACUUCCAUGUCUCAGGGGGGCACUACUCCUUAUGGAGUGUCGUCACCCACGACCAACCGGCCGUCCAACCGCCGUCGUGAUCCAACUGAUGGAUAUCCGUUCCCAUCUGGUAGUCUUGCCUCACCGGUCGCUUCCAGGUUCUCCCGCGAAGAGUCGAACACAGUGGCUCCGCCUCCGGCGCUGGUUCGCCGCCGCACAGAUUUCAAUAGAGACGCAGCGGCCAGCGGCGCAUCCGAGGAGCGAGAUAAGGAUAAGGGCGUUUCCGAGAGUGCGCAGGUGAACCCCGGUCUCAAGCGCACCAGUACUGCCCCGCUUGGAGUCAACAAUACCGCCUGGCCGCCAACGUCCUCCGCUGCUGCUUUCUCGCCUAUGGGCGCUUUUGGCAGCUUCGCGGCCCCUCCAUCGGACAAGAAGCCCAGCUACGGCGGUGUCCAGGGCAAGAGUAGGUUCACGGGACUCAUGAGUAAAUCCAGUGCCGAGCAGCUCAACCAAGCCUCGAAGUCGAAAACGUCUCUGGACAAUCUAGGGAAGGCUGCCGAUGAACCAACGUCCAAGGCCCCCACAUCUAAUCCCUCCACUGCGAACGCCAAUAGCGUCCCGGACGAGGACCCGCAAACCGGUGGUGCCUCCCUUGGCGGAAAUCAAGGUACCAGCCCACCUCGCCAUCAAGGACUCGGUGAAUUUGCCACGCCCCACAAGCGAAACCCUCUGGAGGGGAAUGGAUUUUCCGCUUUUGGCUUACAAGAUCCCAACUCUACAACGAGGGACUUCUUCCAGUCAAGAGAGCCGUUUCACGGAACCCCACACCAGCGCGGGGGUCAGGACAGCCCGACUGAUACCAACCCGUAUCGGAGUCCCAACCAGGACCGUACUGACGAUGAAGAUGGUGAAACUGACCCCGAAGACAACCACAUGCACUACCCGGGAAUGGGGAGUUUUUCCUUGGCCAAUGCAGAAGGCGGAGCGCUCAAUCAAGGAUUUGGAUUCGCAAGCCUUGGUCGAGCUUCCCAGCCCUUCGAGGCCGCUGCCAGUGAUCGCAGUCAGACUUCGAGUGUUGGCCCUUCACGCGCUUUUCCAGUCAUUCUGCCUGGGCUCGGAAGUUCCUCCGUGUGGCCUUCUGGACAGCAACCAUCUGUGGCCACCCCAGUGCGUGAUCGCGGCCUAGGAGGCGGAUUCGAAGGCUUUGGGGAAGCACAAUCGCCCAGCCUGGCAGGGCUGGGGAGUAACUCACUCCUAGGAAUGGGAGGAAACUUUGGCUCGAUCAGUCGCCCUAGCAGACUGGAGUCUCUGUUUCAAACCUCUUUACAGGAACAGGCGCGGACCAAUGAAAACCGAUCAAUCGGUGAUGAGGGUCUGCAGGGCGACCGCCAACAGAACAUGCCCGGCAGCUUUGGUCGUGGAGCCUUCGCAUCUCAAGCCACGGCAGGUGGAAUCCCGGCUCGCGACACUGCCAGCCCUCUUCGGCGGAAUCUUAUUGACCCGUUCGGGGGUGGUAUCGAGAAGCGAGACGUUGCCGAUUCUGUAGGUGCUGGCUUCGGCCAGCAUCCUUCGUCCGGUCCGCCUCAGUCAUCGGUCUUCAACGCUGCGCAGAACAAUCCAGUUCUAGGCCGAACAGCUAGCGCUGCUUCCUCGCAACCGCCCAGCGCAAGCAGUCCCGCAGGCCAGGCUCCGAAUCCCCAGGAGCGCCAAAUGGUCAUGCCUGACAGGAUGAGAUGGUUCUACCGCGAUCCAAAUGGAGUCGAACAGGGUCCCUUCACUGGUCUCGAGAUGCACGACUGGUACAGGGCUGGUUUCUUCUCGCCCGAGCUGCUUGUCAAGAAGCAAGAGGAUGCGGAGUUUGCGCCUCUUGCUCAGUUGAUUCGCAAGAUUGGUAACUCUCGCGAGCCAUUCCUUGUUCCGCAGAUUGGGAUCCCCCAUGGUCCAUCCUCUACCCUUCCUGGCAACGCAUGGGCUGGCUCCGGUCUCGGGGAGGGUGCAGCCACUGCUCAACCACCUUUUGCGAACAAUUUCCCCACUUUCGGCACGACAUUGACUGCGGACCAGCAGAACGCGCUGGAACGACGAAAGCAGGAGGAGCAGAUCCUCAUCGCUCAUCAGAAGGAGCACCUUGUUGCUCAACAACAGGCAUUAGCUGCCAAGCAGAUGGCCGCCAUAGGACACCAAAUUCUGCCUCACCCACUACAACAUCACUCGAGCGCUCAUUCUCUACACAGUCAACCCAGUUUGGGGAGUAUUACCUCACCGGUGGGACAUCAGCCACCUCCAACCCAGGUUCCAGGUCUCGCUGGACCCGCUCCCGUACCAGGAGGAUUGUUUGACUUCCCCUUCCGACCACAACCUGCCGCUGGAUUGGGUCCAAUUGGGCCUGGAGUGGAAAUGCUAGGAGGUAUGCGAGAAGACGAUGCCUCAACCAUGAUGGGACGUCUAAACCUCGGCCGCACCGGUCAGCAACCCUUUGGUACUGCGCCAUUACCCUUGAGGCAACCGCAAACCGGUCCUAAUACACAUGACAACCAGAUCGUCGAUAUGCUCCAUGAUCGUGCACGGCUCCAACGCGAGCAGCAACAGCACGACCAGUUGCACAGUACGGCCCACCACGAACAGCAAGCCGCACAGGCGGCUGCCGAGCGACUUAAGCAAUUCCAUGACCUCAGGGUGCAAACCAACAUUGAGCAGAAUACCAGCGUUCCUCCACCUGAGGGCGUAAUUGGAAAACCACCGGCGGCUUCUCCUCCGGAACAGCAAGAGCAACAUGGAGAACAUACAUUGCGUGCCUCGCCUUCCGGUCCGAUACAACCCCCAAGCCAGGCUGUGCAGCCUCCUGUUUCGAAACUAGAAUCUCUCUCCCUCACAGAACAGGUGCAGAAAGCAGCUUCCGCCAAACAGGUGCCCUCGGCUCAGAUGCCGUGGGCCAAAGUUGAGCCUGCCAUCCACCCCUUCCCUCCACCGCCGUCUCAGUCCCCCCUUCCGGCCCCAGCAGCCCAGAGAAAACCGAUUGUGGCAGACAGUCUUGCAGGAGAGUCUCGAUCACGGUCUGAGACGCCUGCUGCGGAGACACCGAGUGCAUCAAUCGCACCCUGGGCGAAAGAGCCCACUGAGGCGCCAAAGGGACCCUCCCUGAGAGAAAUCCAGGAAGCUGAGGCUCGGAAAGCCGCCGAGCGCGAAGCGAUUGCCGCCGCAGCUCGUCGUGAGGCCAUGGAGAAGGAGAUGGCCGCUCGCGUUCACUCGCCAGCUGCACAACCGGGUCUACCUUCCAGCUCAACCUGGGCAAGCGGUGCUUCACCUAAUACACCCGUUGGCGGCCAAUCUGCUUGGGCGAAGCCGGCCGCCGGAAAGGCUCCACAAGGUCCCGUUGCGAAGAAGACUCUCCAACAAAUUCAGAAGGAGGAGGAACAGCGCAAGCAACGCGCUGCUGCUGCGGCCGCCGCCAACGCGGCCGCCAACACUGCAAACUACGGUGCCGCGAGCACAGUCUUGUCCGCUGGGAAGAGGUACGCAGAUCUUGCCAGCAAGCAAACACCGACUCCACAGAAUGGUGGAGGCGGAACCUGGACCACCGUAGGAGCCAGUGGGAAGGUCAAAACUCCUGCUAUCUCGGCCGUCCCCUCUCCCGCUGUUAGAACCCCAAGUGCCGGAGUGCCGUCGACCAUGGCAAGGAAACCCUCUGCUGCACGCACCAGCACACUGGGAGGACAGUUGUCCAAGGAUAAUGCUCUCGAGGAAUUUCGGAAAUGGGCUGUGGCAGAGCUACGUCCCGAGCUUAACAAGGGUAUAGAUCCGGAGGAGAUGGUGAAGACUCUCCUCACCUUCCCAGGGGACCUCGAGUUGAUUACCGAGGCAGUGCAUUCAGCGUCCAGGACGUUGGACUCCCGUCACUUUGCCUCCGAGUUUCUUCGACGCCAUCGACUGGCUGAGAAAGGUGUCAUCGAUACCACGGGCAGUACAAACGCAUCGGAUGCCAAGUCGUCAGGGGAUGGCUGGAAUGAGGUGGCAAAGAAAGGAGGCCAGCCACAGGCCGCGCAAAGUGGGCUUGAUUCUGGUAAUUUCAAAGUUGUUGCGGCCAAGAAGAAGACUGCGAAGCGUUAAGUGUCGACUUCACAGUUUGAUGCGGAGUGUUGUUUCUGCGGCAAACAUCAAUAUUCUCUGCAAAUCAUACUUGCAGAACAAGCAGAAGAGCGUCUCGUUCAAGUCAGCUUCAUUUCACUUCGCCUGCGCAUGUGUGCCGAAUGAUGACUGAAAAAUCGUUCGAAGGUAGCACACAGAUUGCUGUUCGCGGCGCGAGGCCCUAAGCAUCGGUAGCGGUAAAAAUGAAGCUUAACUACACUUGCAAGAUAGCGAUAUGCGUGAAUAAAGAAC